AGAUAAUUUAACUUUUUUUUGUGGAAAAAGUAUCUUAAAAGACGUCUAGAGGGGAUCUUUUAAAUAUCUCAACCAUAAAAGAUGACCAUGAAAAUGAGCUGUGUUUGCUUUAAAGCAGAUCCACAUUCCGGUGGACCUUUGAACGUCACAGGAGGGGGGGUUGGUGGUGGGUUGGAGGGGGGGCGGUGUUGCGUUCACUGCCCCCUCCCCCAGAACCACGAGGCUCCUCUGUUGACAGGCCGAUCACCGCCCAUAAAGGCUCCCAGCGUUCAGCCCCGGCUUUACUGGUUCACCAGCAGGACAAUGCAGCCUUCCUGGUGCCUCUGUCUGUAAUUUCUGUCGACGCCCACCGGGAGAGCCACAGCCUGGAGAGCAGAGACGGGCGUUAUUACCGCGACCCCCGCCUCCCUUUUUUUUUUUAAAGCUCAAACUCACAAAGGAUUAGCAGCCGUGCGGGAAUUCCGCCCUCCAGUCCUUAUUUAGCACCGAGCCGACCGGACAGACCACGCCUGCUCUCAAUUUGUCAACAAAGGGGUUUGACAAGCCCGGAGAAGCCCUGCCCCCAUGUUUCCAUAAAGGGAUGAUUUGGCCAUACACGGCCAACAAGCCGCGGGUAACCUCUUCCCUUCCCGAUCCCGUUCAUAUGGUGCGUUGACGUUAAAGCGGAGCUAUCAUGGCGGAGCGCGUACAGCAGCCCCCGGCCAAGCGGCUCUGCUGUAGACCGGGCUACAGUGCGACAUGUCGGCAAGGCCAGCGGGCCGCGGGGGCGCCGUGCGGCGGUUCGGCUGCCGCCCAGGGCGAAUCGAGCAAAACCCAGAACCCGGAGACUCUCCUGGACAUCGCGGCGCGGAAAGUCGCGGAGAAGUGGCCGUUUCAGCGGGUGGAGGAGCGCUUCGAGCGGAUCCCGGAGCCCGUGCAGAGGCGGAUCGUGUACUGGUCUUUCCCGAGGAGCGAGAGGGAGAUCUGCAUGUACUCGUCGUUCAACACCGGCGGAGGCGUUGGCGGCGGUGGCGGUGGCGGCGGCGGCGGCGGCGGGGAGGAGGUCGGAGGUAGCGGGGAGAGCAGCGACGAGACGCGGCUGCCGUUCCGACGGGGCAUCGCUCUGCUGGAGAGCGGCUGCGUGGACAACGUACUGCAAGUCGGGUUUCAUCUCAGCGGCACAGUAAGGGAACCUGCCACGUCUUCAGAGCCCGAGUUGGUCUGCAACGUGAGCGUCAGCUUCGACCGCUGCAAAAUCACAGCAGUGACGUGCAGCUGCGGCAACAAGGACAUCUUCUACUGCGCCCAUGUGGUGGCGCUCUCGCUUUACCGGGUACGGAAACCCGAGCAGGUCAAACUGCGCCUGCCCAUCUCAGAGACUCUAUUCCAGAUGAACAGAGAUCAGCUGCAGAAGUUUGUUCAGUACCUGAUCACAGUCCAUCACACCGAGGUGCUGCCGACGGCGCAGAAACUGGCGGAUGAAAUACUAUCGCAAAACUCGGAGAUCAACCAGGUUCACGGAGCUCCUGAUCCGACGGCGGGGGCGAGCGUGGACGAUGAGAACUGCUGGCAUCUGGACGAGGAGCAAGUUCAGGAACAGGUCAAGCUCUUUCUCUCCCAGGGCGGGUACCAUGGCUCGGGGAAGCAGCUCAACUUACUGUUCAGCAAGGUGAGAGAGAUGCUGAAGAUGAGGGACUCCAACGGAGCUCGCAUGUUAACGCUGAUCACGGACCAGUUCAUGGGCGACCCCAGACUGGCGCUGUGGAGGCAACAAGGGACCACCAUGACUGACAAGUACAGGCAGCUGUGGGAUGAGCUAGGAGCCCUGUGGAUGUGCAUCGUGCUGAACCCCCACUGUAAACCCGAGCAGAAGGGUUUCUGGCUUCGACAGCUUCGCAGGUGGAACAGCGUGGACGUCUGCCCCUUGGAGGACGGUAACCAUGGCAGCGAGCUGACCAAUCUGACCAACGCUCUGCCCCAGGGUCCUCCUGGCAACCCAGAUUCACUGACUCGGCCUCACCGGACGGUGUUCACGCGAGCGAUCGAGGCCUGCGACCUGCACUGGCUGGACCCCCACCUGCAGCACAUCAUCACCGAGGACCACUACACCAACUACUGUUACCAUGACAACCUCGACAGCUCCCUCUUCGACGCCCGAGGGUGGCCGCUGUGGCACGAGCACGUCCCGACCGCGUGCGCACGAGUGGACGCCCUCAGAUCGCACGGUUACCCCAAGGAGGCGCUCAGGCUGGCCAUCGCCAUAGUCAACACGCUGCGGAGGCAACAGCAGAAACAGCUGGAGUUCUUCCGUGCACACAAAAAAGAGCUGCUCCAUAAAGGCAUGACAUCAGUCACCAACCUGGAGGGCUGGGUGGGACACCCUCUGGACCCCAUCGGCACUCUGUUCAGCACCCUCAUGGAGACGGGGCGGGGCGUCGAGGACGGAGCCGCGGUCCUGCUCGACUUCUCAGGCUCGCUGGGUUCAGGCAGGAGGACAGAGCACGCCGUUUGCCCGGCGCAGCGUUUCCUGGAAGAGGGGGAAUCGUUCAUGUCGUUGGCCAUAGAGACGGCUCUGAUUGGCUUAGGGCAGCAGAGGGUGAUGCCAGACGGCCUCUACGCCCAGGAGAAGGUCUGUCGCAACGAAGAGCAGCUAUUGGCCAAGCUGCAGGAAGUGGAGUUAAACGACACGUUGGUGAAGAUCUUCCGCAAGCAAGCUGUUUUCCUGCUAGAGGCUGGUCCUUACAGUGGUCUGGGGGAAUUACUCUACAGAGAAAGCGUCCCCAUGCACACUUUUGCCAAGUAUCUCUUCACCUCCCUGCUACCUCACGACGCCGAACUGGCGUACAAAAUUGCACUGAGGGCCAUGAGGCUGCCGGUCCUGGAGUCCACGGCCGGUUCUGGCGACUUGUCUCGGCCUCACCAUAUAGUGUCAGUGGUGCCCAAUCGUUACCCUCGCUGGUUCACUCUCAGCCACAUAGAGUCCCAACAGUGUGAACUGGCCUCCACCAUGCUCACUGCUGCUAAAGGUGAUGCUCGUAAGCUAGAAAUAGUGUUAGAGUCCAUCCAGAAGAACAUCCACUCCUCAUCUCAUAUCUUCAAACUGGCCCAGGAUGCCUUCAAAAUCGCCACUCUGAUGGACAGCCUGCUGGACAUCACACUGCUCAAAGUCUCCCUGGAGCUGGGCCUUCAGGUGAUGAGAAUGACUCUGUCUACCUUAAACUGGCGGAGAAGAGAGAUGGUGCGAUGGCUGGUCACCUGUGCGACAGAAGUCGGCGUGUUUGCACUGGACAGCAUCAUGCAGAGCUGGUUCACCCUCUUCUCUCCCACUGAAGCCACCAGCGUCGUGGCCAGCACAGUCAUGUCCAACAGCACCAUCGUCCGCCUGCAUCUGGACUGCCAUCAGCAGGAGAACCUGGCCAACUCCGCCCGCACUCUGGCCCUGCAGUGUGCCAUGAAGGACCCCCAGAACUGUGCCCUGUCGGCUCUGACGCUCUGCGAGAAGGACCACAUUGCCUUCGAGACAGCCUAUCAGAUUGUACUGGAUGCAGCCGCCACAGGAAUGAAUUACACACAGCUGUUUACAAUAGCACGCUACAUGGAGCACCGCGGUUAUCCUAUGAGGGCGUACAAACUAGCAACGUUAGCCAUGACUCACCUGAACCUCAGCUACAACCAAGACACACACCCGGCCAUCAACGACGUCCUCUGGGCGUGCGCUCUCAGCCACUCACUGGGGAAAAACGAACUUGCAGCCGUCAUCCCCCUGGUGGUGAAAAGCGUGAAGUGCGCCACCGUCUUGUCGGACAUUCUGCGGCGGUGCACGUUAACGACGCCGGGGAUGGUGGCGCUGCACAGUCGCAGGAACUCUGGGAAGCUAAUGUCUCUUGACAAGGCUCCACUCAGGCAGCUACUGGACGCCACGAUCGGGGCCUACAUCAACACGACGCACUCUCGGCUGACGCACAUCAGCCCGCGCCACUACAGCGAGUUCAUCGAGUUCCUCAGUAAAGCCAGAGAGACGUUUCUCAUGGCGCACGACGGACACAUCCAGUUCACACAGUUCAUAGACAACCUGAAACAGAUAUACAAGGGCAAAAAGAAACUCAUGAUGCUCGUUCGAGAGAGAUUCGGUUGAAGGAGGAACAAAAAAAAGACCAAAUGGCCCUUUUUACUUGAGUCUCCUUUUUUAUCCUUUCUAACUUGAAGUGAAAAUCAUCCUAAAAUAACAUUCAUGCAAAUCUUAUUCCUAUGAUUUGGGACUGCUGGGUCUAAUGUGUUACUGAACACAUUUUCCUGAAGGCAAAUAAUUAGAAAUAAGACUGUGAUGUGGAGAAAGGGACCGUUCGUCGACGAUGAAUGGGACUUUUUAUUGUUCCGCGUAGACAGACUCGUCUCGGCUGAGCGGACGAUUUGGCGCUCACACGUUUUUUAAUUGAAGAGCCCCAAGAUGAUAGAAAUUUGAUAUGAAUAUUUAGGGUACAUUUUCUCCUACAAAUGACGAGUUUGAAGAAAUUUAAAAAAAAAAAGACUGUAAACCAUAAAAGCAACACUUGGUAUUGAUGUGUAUAAAAAAGUUUGCAGAAGGAGAAAACUGUCAAUUCGUGGAAGUAAGUGUGUUUCCCUUUAUAUGUAUGAAAGUGAGAGAAUAAGAGUUUUACACUGAGUAUAUACUGUAUUGUCCAGUGGCAAAAUGUCCACCUUGCACUCCUCCUACUUCCCUCAGCUAACAUUCAACAGCCUCAAAGAGAAGACAAAACGGCUUUAAACCAAAUGGAGCAACUCCAUCUGAAGUGACAAGUACCUCUUUUUAAAAGGAUCCAGCUUUACUCUCCCCGCCUCUCCCCCAACAGUCCACGCCCAGCUCUACUCACUGUAGUGAAACUGUGUCAGAAUUUAAAGAAGAAAAAAAAAAAAAAAAACUUCACUGGGUUGAUAUUUGUAUCUGCCAUCUUCAGGCUGAUUGUUCUGGCUUUGCAGUGUUGUUCACGCAGACUUCUCAAACAUUCAGUAUGCUUAUUUUACACACACAUUUGUCACAGAAACACAAAAACAAACUGUCAUAGUGCUUGCUCUUGUGGAAACUUGGCAACUGUCAGCAUACAUUCUCAGGGAUUUCUCUAAAAAAAAAAAAAAAGCAGACAAAAGAAAAAAAAAAAAGAAGAGAACAAAAGCAUUUUAUUGUCCUGUAUAUAUGAAAGUAUAUGUCUGAAUAUUGAAAAAAAAAAUGUAUAUGUUAACUAAUUUAUGACAGAAUAUUCUAUGUAAGGCACAAUACUUGAAGCUGCAGUACUUUGGUUUUUGGAAACAAACAAGAAAAAAACAUAUCAGAAGGACUUCAAAACGUUCGCCUUGCAUUGCAUCGGGUGGGUGGGUUGUAUAAGCUGGUUUGGCUCUGCAGACAUAUAAUGAACUGCAGAAACUGGCCAGGAAGUGGACAUGCAAAGUGUGUAUUCCCCCCCCCCCCCGAACACACAGACGUUGUAUUGAGGAUUGUAGAAGUGACUGUGGAGGCAGAGCAGCGACGGCGACGUACGGUGCGACUCUCUCGCCAAACUGCUGCAAUAUUCCAGCGGAGUGAAAUCUGUCCUUCUGCGGUCACGACAAAACGUUAAGCUCCGUUUAAGCGCCCAGCGUCCCACGCCUCCUCCGCUGACAUCCCGACUUUGUGCAGGACAGAAAGUUGCUCUAUACUGUAGGUCUUGACUGUUCCACUUUUUUUACGCUUUUUGUGUUUCUUUUUUUUUUUAAUUUUCCUCCUCUUCAAUUGAUUUUUUUUUUUUAUUUCUCUCUAGAAUUCCUCACACAAGAACAGCCUUCUUUCUUGCCUUGUCUUAAUGCUUUAAAAUAACCAAAUGGGAGUUCUAACUACCAAACUUUUUUCAUAAGCCAACCAACUUGGGUUAAAACGUUUUUAGUGUCUUUUUAAUUUGUAGCUCGACAGCUCUGUAUUCUGUGCUUUAAAAGCUUCAUUUCAUCUGUUUUCUCCAGUGUUGUCUCCUGUUCCCUCGUUAGAGGUCUGUUGUUUAGAAAACCCUUUUAUUUAUUACGUUAGUUAAAUGAUUGUACAACCAUGUCAACAUGCUCAUGAAGUUGAAACUAAGAUUUGAUACACUGAUCGAUUUAUUUAUGUAACUAAAUCACUGUUUUAUAAACUUGUUAAUGAAUCAACAUUUUGUUUUGAUUAAAUUAGUUUUUUGAGAGGA